UGAAUUUUUUUUAAUUGUAAAAAAACUUUUAAAGUCGGCAUAAAAAUCUUCUGAAAGACUACAAGUUAUCUAAAUGCAAUAAACAAUAUUAAUUAGUAUAUCAUAAAUAUGGAUUUAUAAAUGUUUAUACAUUUUUCGUCAACAAAAACUUGUACGUAUCAUAAAUUUCCGAUGAUCAAUGAAUAUUAAAAAUAAUAAAAAAUGUUAAUAAUAUCUUAUAAAUGUUACGUAGCUAUAAAAAUUAUACCUUUUUUUCUACUGGAAAUUGACCUUCUAAUUUUAUCCGAAGGAGUGGAAGACUAAAGAUGGCGCUGAAAUGAAUGAUUAGCUUCUCCUUAAAGAUAUAAGUUUUACUUUCACAAUUACGGUAUUAGUUUACUUUUACUCUCAACGCAGUUUAAAGCUAAAUAGUAUAAUAUCAGAACCAUGGAAAUUGGUAUUUUCAAUGUCACCGAUGUCUUGAAAACACUACUAGGAAUAUUACUGAUAAUAAUAAUAAUACUGAAAUUGUUUGCACAUUUCACGAUGGGUGUUUGUAAAAGUAAAAAAAAAAUGACUGGAAAAACAGUGCUUUUAACUGGGUGUGUGACAGGAAUUGGUAAAGAAAUAGCUCGAGAUUUAGCUGGCCGUGGUGCACGACUCAUCAUGGCUGAUGUUAAUUAUGAAGGUGCUUUAAAAGUCAAAGAACAAAUAUCAGCAGAGUCUGGUAACAAAAAUAUAGUAGUAAAAUAUGUGGACAUGUCAUCCUUCAAAUCAAUUCGCUCAUUUGCUGAGGAAAUCAACAAGGAAGAGACGCAGCUAGACGUUUUAAUCCAUAAUGCAGGAACUGUUACAGUAUUUGAUAGAAAAUUAUCUGAAGAUGGAAUUGAAUAUACAAUGGCUGUGAAUUUUUAUGGACCUUUUUUACUCACUCAUUUAUUGAUAGAUUUGCUAAAACGGUCAGCGCCAUCAAGAAUAGUGAUAACAGCGUCGCUCUUCCAUCAUUUGGGGUGGCUUGAUUUAAAUGAUCCAUGUCCUAAGGAUAUCUGGUUCCCGGCAUGGGCUUACAUGAAUUCCAAAUUGGCUUCUGUGAUUUGGACUCUAGAGUUGGCUAAAAGAUUAAAAGGAACUGGUGUGACAGUUAAUUGUUUACAUCCUGGAUUAGUUGACACUCCUAUUUGGCAUCAUUGUCCAACAGCGCUGUUGUUGAUCAUCAAUGCAAUCUUGAGCCUUUAUGCUAAAACUCCUCAACAAGGUGCACAAACAACAAUACAUUUAGCCGUUGCUGAAGAGCUUAAAGAUGUUAGUGGAAAAUAUUUUAUGGAUUGCAAAGAAUAUGGUCUGCUGACAAAGAAAGUGACAGAUCCAUCCAAAGGCAAAAAAUUCUGGGAAAUCUGUGAAAAAAUAACUCAACUGCAACCAUCAGAUCCAAAAAUAUCUAGUCAAUCUUAAGUGUGAUUUUUAUUAUAAAUUGGAACUAAGGCUAUAUAAUUUGUAGUACUAUUAAUAUUUUAGGCAAAUAAUUUUUAUGUCUCAACACUUUGAUACUGUGAACUGAAGUGACAUUAUAUAUUUAAUUAAAUAGUCCAUUUGGAUUGGUUAUUAAAUGUUUGUUGAUGUAAAUCAACUGUCUGAAUGAUAAGAUAAAUUUAUUGUAAAUAAAUUGAGUUAUUUAAUAGUUUUAAGAAUUUCAAAUCAAUUUCUUUGACAUAAAUUUAAAUAAAAGAAGAAAGGAAAAAAAAAUUGUGAAAGAAUAUUUUACAAUAGAUUCAUACUGUUGAUAAUUCAAUCCA